AAAGUUUUUGUAGCUCCAACUGUUGUGUCUUCGAGUUUCCAUUGUUGGAGAAAUUUGUAGUGAGCGCAUGUGGCAAUAUGAAAAGCUUCACAUUCUCUAAUCAAGUCAACGAGACACCAAAUUUACGACAAAUAUGUGUUACACAUGGAGUGGAGGAAAAAAUAUUAUAUUGGAAAGGUGAUUUAAAUGCUACCAUACAUCACAUGCACACGCUUUGGGCUCUUGAUCCAGACAAGAUGGUAGCUUCCCAUCCUUACACCUUACUUGAGAGCUCUCGAUUGAAGACUUUGAAGCUGACAAAUAUUGAACUUGGAUCGCAUGCUAUUCCAACUGUUGUUUUCCCCGGUUUAAAGAACUUGGAAGAACUUGAAGUAAGCAACACCAAUGUAGAGGUAAUAUUUGAUAUAAUGGAGGCAGAGAUGAAGGAAUAUACCUUUCCAUUGAAGAAAUUGGCUUUGGAUAAUCUACCAAAUUUGAUACAACUAUGGGAAAAGAAUUAUGAAGGAAAUCCAAGCUUUCAAAAUCUGCGGGAAGUGCUUGUUACUAACUGUAAACAACUGAAAACUCUGUUUCCUUCAGAGCUGGAUGAAAGAGUUGAGAAGCUCGAGAAACUUGAAAUAAGGAAUUGUGAAAUGUUUGAAGAAAUUGUUGAAGAGGAGAAUGCAAUUACAGAGGCAACAAAAGAAUUUUCAUUUCCUCGUUUAACCUCGCUGAAUCUGCGUAAGUUGCCACGACUCAGUUGCUUUUAUCCUGGAAGAUUUACUCUGGAAUGUCCCGACUUGAAUCAUUUAGAGGUGGCGUUUUGUGAUAUGUUGGAGAUAUUUCAAAAUGAACAAGAGCCACAAUGCUCUACUUCAGUUAAUAGGCAACCCCUUUUCUCCAAAAGCAAGGCUAUUUUCAUUCUGGAGUCAUUGAAGCUCGAUUGGAAAAACACUGAGAUGAUGCUAUGCAACGGAAAUUUUCCGUUACACGAGCUAGUGGAACUUGAGCUUGAUUUUGAUGAUGCCCGUGGGGUGAUGUCUUUUCCCGUUGAGAUAUUUGAGAAGGCAUCCAAUUUAGAAUAUCUUGAGAUAAGCCGAUGCAGAGGUCUUGUGGAGUUAUUCCUCUCACGACAUGAAAUGAGAUGGAGUAGAAACUUGAUGACCGUGUCCCGUGUCUGUAAAGAGUUACAAAAAUUGUGCAUUUCCUCGUGUCCUGAUUUGACAACAUUAGUACAUUCAGCAGUCUCAUUCUCCAAUCUAAAACAUUUGUCUAUAAAAGAUUGCCAUAAACUGAGGUAUUUAUUUACAUCCACAACAGCAAGACAGUUGGUGUUCCUUGAAGAGAUGUACGUAGUGGAAUGUAAAUCAAUGGAACAAAUAAUAUUGGAUGAAGAGGUCUUGAGAAUUACAUCAGAAGCCAUAAAAUUUGAGCAAUUGACAACCAUAAUUCUAGAUUCUUUACCAAAGUUGUUAUAUUUUUAUUCGGGCAGUGACACUCUAGAAUUAUCAUCUCUGAUGAGAGUUCUCAUAUGGAAAUGUCCCCACAUGACAAUCUUCUCCCGAGGCGACAUACAUGCGGAGUCCUUUAUGGGUAUUCAGGAGUUUUUCAAAGCCUUGGAUGAAAACUGUUCUGAAAAUCUUGAGCUACAACUAGACAGGCAUAAUGUUGGUCUACAAAAUGAAUGGUUGCGCAAUUUGAGAGAAUUGAUGCUAGACAUGUUCAUUCUACCAUAUGCAAUUCCAUCUGCUAUUCUUCCUUGUUUAAACAACUUAGAAGAAUUGGAAGUGCGGGAUAGCUACAAAGUAGAGAUAAUUUUUGAUAUGAGUGACACUCAGAUUAUGGAAACACCAUCCCGGUUGAAGAAGUUGGCUUUACAAAGUCUAUCGGAGCUGAGACAUGUUUGGGGAAAGAAUAGUGAAGGAGUUCUCAUCUUUUCAAAUCUGCAAGAGGUAGUUGUUAAUUAUUGUAGAAACCUGCAAACCUUAUUUCCUGCUUCCCUGGCAAAAAAUCUUGAGAAGCUUGAAAAACUUGAAAUAGGAUCUUGUCAUAAAUUGCAAGCAAUUGUUGAAAAGGAUGAAUUCAGAACAACAAAUGUAACAGAAAAGUUUGUGUUCCCUUGUUUAGAGAAGUUGGAUCUUCGUGACUUGCCACAACUCACUUACUUUUACCCUCAAACAUUCACUCUGGAAUGUCCUGCCUUGAAAAUCUUAUGUGUGUUGAAUUGUCAUGAGCUGGAGUUAUUUCAAAGUGCACAUCCCAUGGAUGAGGGUGAAACUACGAGUACUUCAAUUAACAGACAACCUCUUAUCUCAAAUUUAAAGGUCAUUUCCAAGAUUAAGGAAUUGAAUCUUGAAUGGAAACACAUUUCAGUGUUAAACUUAAGGUUUGAGUCGGAGCAGUUUACGGAAGGCCUCAAAGAUUUAAAGCAUAUUGCCCUGUCUUCCUUUGACACUGAUGAGAAUGAGAAGCCUAUGUUGCCCAUUGAAAUACUACAAAAGGCACCCAAUUUAAUUGAAAUGAGUAUAAGCUACUGCAAUAGUCCCGAGAUAUUCCAUGCUCAAGAGCCCAAAAUUGGGGAGAACGGGAUGCUUGAACAGUUAAAAAAUUUGACACUAUUAAACGUAUCUGCCCUCCAGUCCAUCGAGUCAGAGGACUCAUCAUGGUUAAACACAAUAUCUGAGAAGCUCCACGUAUUAUAUGUUUGGGAAUGUCCUCAUUUGACAACAUUAGCACACACAUUGUCUUUCUCUUGUCUGAGAAGAUUGUGUGUAUCUGAAUGUCCCAACUUGCAGUAUUUAUUCACAUCUUCAGCAGCCAAAAAGUUGGUGAAUCUUGAGUAUAUCAUAGUCGUAGACUGUAAAUCAGUGACAGAAAUAGUUGCUAGAGAGGGAGAUGAAGAUGAAGAUGAACACAAAGGAGAAGGUGAAGAUAAAUAUGAAAAUGAGAUGAUGUUCAAGAAGCUUCAGAUUUUGUUUCUUGACUCGUUACCAAAAAUUGAAAGCAUUUACACGGGGUGUUCCACUUUGAAUUUCCCAUCCUUGGAAUUAGUUGAGUUCAUAAGAUGCUACAGCACGGAACUUUUUCGUCCUGGUGACAAAGUUCCUACGGAAUUGAAGGUUAAAAUAGAUGGAUUGUAUUGGGAAGAUGAUAUAAAUUAUGCGAUCAUGCAACAGUUUGAUGAGGAGACAGCUUGAGUUAGUAUGGUGACAAAUUCCCUUGGCUUGUAUGUAAGUACAUAUAUGAUCAAGUAUAUCUUACGGACGUGCAAUUAAUAUAGGCUCAUCAACUGCUACUAACUAGGGAGAAGGCAUUCAUCAUCUAAUAACAUUUCUUUGUUUUUGUCUUCUACAUAAAUGAAGAUUUGGGAAUGUUAAGUCAAUAUAUAUGUUUCCACAAUAUGUUUGGUCAUUUCUAACCGCCUCAGUUUUGUUAAUAAAUUGCUUCAUGAAAUUGUGGUCAUUGAGAGAAGCUUAUUGUCGUUGUGUUCGUUCAUGUUACCCUUGAAAACUAGUUUUCGUCUGUUAUCUGGAGCAGCAACAGAGCAGAAGACAUGGAAUGUUGUUAGUGGAUCUAAACAUAUAAAUUAUAAAAAGAAAAAAAAUCAAGGUUCAGGGGAUUGGGGCACUCGAAGAAGGCAACGACAACAUCAUGACAACAACUACUGACAAAUCGAGGGCUUUUCUAUAAUGUUGAAGUGUGGUGUUCAUGAAUAAAGUUUCCCUAUAUACAUAUUGGAAACACGAAUGGUUCUUGAGUUAUUCAAGGAUGUUUUAUGAAUAAAGUGGUCCUGUAUUUAUACAGGAGCAGAAGUUUAUGUGGCUUUUAAAUAAUAAGGGUGUUUCAUAUAUUUAACCUUUAUUAUUGCAAGAGGUUUUUUAUGAAUAAAGUUGACAUGAGUGUAUUUGUUUAGAAGGAUGUUACAUUGAGAAACUUGUCAACUGGGCAUCUUUACAGACGUUGUGAAUGGUAUUUAAG